AUGCUGGACCCACCGCUGCGAUCCCGCCAGUUUCCGUCGACGGUCCAACUGUUCGUGCUCGGCGUCGCCCUUCUCGCGCUCGGCGCGACACUUCGCCACGGCUCCUUCGCCAAGCGCGACACCGACCGGCUUGCCUUCGUCGCCGAGCGCCAGCCCGCCGGCACGACAAGGGACAGCAGCGUUCGCCACCCAGUGGUGCUCGUAGGGCCACUGCUAGGACAGACGCUGCAAGUCAACGAUGCGCGAUGGCUCAACCCGUGCAGUCCGUGGACGCCAACGUGGACGACGGCGUGGGUGAACUUGGACAAGUUUGCCGCAGCGUGUGCGUUGCACAGCUCCCACGCGCAGCUGGGACUCACCUUCGACCCUACGACGAACCGCACCAAGUCUCCGGAGCAUGUCCAGGUGAGGGUUGCCGAGGGUUGGGAUGGCUUGACGUUUUUCGGAAUUGAUGUGUACGGCAACCUAACCCAACGGCUGGAAUCCGAAGGGUUUGUCAGAGACGUCGAUAUCCUCCCGAUGGGCUACGACUGGCGGUUGAGCGUAGCCGACUGGGAGCAAGAAGCCUUUCCUCGCUUCUUCAGGACAAUCUCAGACGCGGUGUCGAGGAAUGGUCAGCCGGUUGUGCUGACUGGUGUUUCGAUGGCGGCUCCGUUCACGCACGCGUUCCUGAAAUGGGCAAACGCAAAGCGCGGGGGCAAGAGUUGGGUGCAAAAGAACGUGCACGCCUUCGUGCCGGUCGCAGGCCCGUUCAAUGGCGCAGUUAAUGCCCUAUCCGCACUGAUGGGCGGCGUUGUCUUUGAUUUCGCGUCCCCGGGCCAGCCAGGCGCUGCCAAGUUCACGUGCCCCUUGUGCGACCCACCUUUGGCCGAGCAGGUGAGCGAGGAACAAUUUGUGAUGAAAGUCGUGGAUGGGUUUGGGGCUGUACUGAAGGAGCUGCUCAUGGAUUGGCUCGUCACGGAUAUCACGCGGCUCCUCCGCGAGUUUCCAUCCUUGUACUGGAUGUCGCCGGGCGUGGACGACUCCAUACCCGACAGAAGCUACGUCACGCUCCAACAUGGGCCAUGGGCGCAGCCAGAAGAGAUCAAAGCUUCCGGUCUGCCAUCUCUGUUCAGGAGGCUGCUCAUGCACGACGAGGCGGAGCGGAUGAAAUAUGCCUUGUCCGUCGGGACGACCGAAGAUCCUGGUGUCCCGACGCACUGCAUUUACAGCCAUAACGUGCGAACCUUUUCCCACCUCACUUUCCCCGCAGGGGGGGUCUUCGCAGACAUCGGAGCUUCGGUCGAAAUCGGAGAUGGCGACGGGACGGUCCAUUCGGAGAGCCUGUCUGUCUGCGAGCGUUGGAAGAGCACGGUCAAGGUCUACAAACUGCCAGGUGUGCGUCACGGAUUUGAGGUGAUCGUCGGGCAAGUCCAUGAUGUCAUUGUGGGCGUAGCCAAGGGUGAUGACGCAGCGCUCGACGCGUGGACGUCACCAGCUUUUGUGGACUUGGAUGUGCCGCGGGACGGAAUGACCAAUGCGACUAUCCUGGAUGAGUGGCAGGCCAAUCUGGUCGUGGCGCUCAACGAGGACGCCUAG